UGCUACGUACUUCAUAUGCGAGCGCUUCCAUUGUUAGCCAGAUUUGAGCUCUGAUUUUCAUCGUUAUCUAUCUUCACGUUUUACUAUUCUUCUGUUCUCCCAUUCCCCCUUUUUAAACCUCCCCCAAAUUUUCCUUCGCCACUCUCCCCAAUUCUCAUAUGUUUCCCCCGUUUCUUCCCUUUAUCCCAUGUCCGCUUUUUACAUUCUCCUCACGUCUUCGGGCCCUAGGUCUAUGUUAUUAUGCGAUGUUACGUCGUGCUUCUUAGACCGGGCGGCCUGUACAACAUGUUUCCACCUCGCCUUUUAUUUCUCUCAAUUCAGUCUAUUAUGGAGCACAGUUCUUUCUCUCGCUCUUUCCAUGCGGUGGUCCUUUGCUAGGUCCUUCCCCCGUCUUGCGUCUGGCGCGUUCCGCGGAUGUUUUGGACGGCUUGGGUUGUGUACUUUUCUCUAUCCCCCUGCCGGGUGUGUGGGACUUGGGGCUGGUAUUGAUGAUUUUAUGACAGAACGGGGCUCUUCCUAAUGCGUCUAUCUCUUCGUUUAAAUUGUAGUUACUGGGUGGUGGGUGGUUUUUCUGUUCCUACCUAUCCUCGGGCACUGAUGACGGCAUCCUGUUGUGAACAAACAAAUCACG